AUUUUUGUUUGUAACCUGCUCAGAUCUUUGGGGAAUCCGGAGAGUAACCAUCUUUAUCCCAAACUCUAACAUAAAAUUGGACAAUAACCACCAAAUGUUCGAUAUGUUCUCACAAGAAAAUCUUUGAUUUCUCCAGCGUCACAUAUUCUUCCUAGCUAGUCGAUGCUCACAACCCCAACUCUGUCUUUGACUUCUCCGUCACCAUUCUCCACAUCUCUCACCUUUUUAUAUUAUCACAUUCCCCACUUCACCAUUGACACAAAAAACAUUGAAGCUAGCUACUAGUGAUCGAAAAACAUCACUUUUAUUUUCAUAAUCUCAAUGGGUUCUCUCCGCUCUUCACCGCCACCAUCACCAUCCCUUGAAUCCCAUCUUUCAAAUUACGCUGUGGUUGCUGUGUUUUGUCCAAGAGAACCAGCCCCAGAUGUUACUCUCUCAAAUUCAAUUGAAAUUUAUCACCCUUCCAUGAACACAUGGACCUAUGUUUCAUCAAUUCCUGGCCUACUCCAUGACCAAGUUUUGAAAGGGUUUGCUAUGGUUUCUCUAGGAGAUUUUAUCUACAUAAUUGGUGGCCAAAUUUGUCACAAAGAAAUGGUUCAUGUCAAUGAUGAAUCUGCUGAUUUUGUUGAUGAGGGCAUCCAAGUUGUCACAAAUGUUCUCCGUUACAACGUGAGAACCAACCAAUGGUUCACAUGUGCACCCUUAUCCGUGGCAAGGUAUGACUUUGCUUGCACUGUCUCUGACAACAAAAUCUACGUGGCAGGAGGGAAGUCCACGCUGGCAAGUGCACGAGGGAUCUCGUCGUCUGAGGUGUACGACCCCGAUCUUGACAUAUGGAUGACUCUGCCUAAUUUGCACACUCUAAGGUACAAGUGUACAGGGGUGACAUGGCAGGGAAAUGUUUACAUAGUGGGGGGUUUUGCUGAGAGGGAGGACUCGGAUAAGACAAUGCCAAGCAUAGUGGAACGCAGCUCUGCUGAGGUGUAUGACACGCAAGCAGGGAGGUGGGAGUUGAUAACGGGGAUGUGGCAACUGGACGUGCCACCUAAUCAGAUUGUGGCUGUGAAUGACACACUUUUCAGCUCGGGGGAUUGCUUGAAUGCAUGGAAGGGACACAUUGAGGCUUAUGAUGGGAAGCUUUGGAAUGAAGUUGAGGGUUCCCGCAAGCAAAGCCUACUUUCCACGUUGGAGGAUCACAACAUUGUUCAACGACUUUACUUGACUAUGGUGCCAAUUGGGACUCGGUUGUUUUUCUUGGCAGGUUAUAGAGUAGGGGAGUUAGGAAGAACAAUGUCUGUUGUCCACAUGUUUGACACAUCAGCGACAUGUGAUGCAUGGAGGAGCUUUGAGCCAAUGGAACUAGAAGGUGAGAGAGAGCUUUGUAGCCAUUGUUGUGUUGUGCAACUAUCAUAGAAUAAUUAAAUCCUGAAAAAAAACGUGAAUCAAAUGUUUGGAAACACUUUUACAAUUGAUUCUGAUGGCAGAAUUAAUUAUGAGUAAAAGUUUCUAUAGGUAAUAUCUAAAUUUUGAAAUUAAUUAUAAUGAAAAAGAAGUUCAUCCAAA